AAGUUACAUUGUAACUUUUUCAAAGAAUGAAAAUUUGCAUUUGUAGUCAGUUGAUGGUCGCCCUUGACAACCCCAACAAUGUUAAUAAUUUCACACACGCUUGACAAGGACACCUUCAUAUAACCUUUACUCUCAGUUGAGGUUCUUAAAGUUCUGCUGUAAAAGCAAAAACUGAGUAUAUUAUGGCUGAAGCAAAUAUCGAAGAAGACCGUGAAUCUGAUCAGCGGUACCCUUUCUCACGCUGCAGCUCGACUGGAUCCAUCCAUACCUUGACCUCUUCUGCAAACAACACAGAUGUGACAGAUGAUGAAGACAGUGACCGAGGUAACCAGAUGAGUUAUAAGGAACGUCGACGUGAAGCACACACUCAGGCUGAGCAGAAGCGUCGUAAUGCCAUCAACAAAGGCUAUGAUUCCUUGCAAGAUCUUGUUCCCACAUGUCAAAAUACUGAACAGGGGCAGUGCUACAAGAUGUCUAAAGCCACAGUUCUCCAGAAAAGCAUUGACUAUAUUCAGUUUCUCAAGAAGGAAAAGAGCAAACAAGAGGAGGAGGUGGCUGCCUUACAGAAGGAAGUUGUGGCCCUUACCAUCAUGAAACUGAAUUAUGAACAAAUUGUAUCUGCUCAUCAAAGUCAACCUGGCCAGCUAAGCAAGCAGAUUUCUGAUGAUGUUAAAUUUCAAGUGUUUCGUGCAGUAAUGGAUUCACUCUACCAAUCUUUUGAACAUUGUAUAGCGACUAACAAUUUUGCUGAGAUAUCUGGAUCUGUUAUUUCAUGGGUGGAAGAACACUGUAAACCACAGAUUUUGCGUGAAAUCAUGUGUGGAGUUCUACAGCAGCUGGGUAAUCAGGAUGCAUCAUACCUAGCUUAAGUCGUAGCACUCAAAUACCACUGCCAUUGGUAGGAUGCAUAAAAUGGGAUAAAAAAAAAAGGACACCUCUCAAAAUUAAUCGGUUAUAAUUCAUGAUGUUAGGUAAAAGGACACAGGCGCAACUAAUGCGACAUUUUAUUGUGGCACUUAGUUGUGCUUGUGUCCUUUUACCCAACAGUUGGUAAUUCUACCAACAUUAAUAUAAUUCAUGAUACCAGAAUGUUUUGAAAUUAGUAUUAUACUCCUGGAGAAGUGCCAAAUUAACCUGUUUCUUGUGCCAUUUUCUGGAAUUCAGUUGAUAAUAUAGUGCCCUUCCCAGGUCCUUUAGAGAAAUUUCUUCACUUGCAACACAGCACACUCCUGUAGCUCCCUUGAAGUUCAUGAGACCUUCAUAACAAUUUGCCAAUAAUUGUUUCUGAAUUUUAUAGGUAGAGUAAUACUGCCAUUGGUCUGUUGCAGCCUUUCAACCUAACUAUACCCUAGCUGUAUUACAAAAAAUUCCAUGGCAUGUCCUGUUAUUGAAGGGCUUUUAGCCCUUGUGGCUUAGCACUUCUUUUUUGAUUAUAAUAAUGAAAGGCUUUUGAUCCAAGGAAUCAAAGCUAGUUUUUCCUUCAUUGAAUACCUUUAUUACAACCCCCCCCCUCCCCAGAUUCCACAUUGCUGGUCAUUUCCCAUUAAUGUAAUACCCAUUAUGAAAGCAUGUGGGAAGGCCCAGACCAUGUAUGCUAUCUUAAGUCUUUAUACCAAUACCUCUUUAAGGAAAGGCUUCUCACUUUAUAGAUGUUGCUUAUGCUGAGAGGAUUCAGAUUUUACCAGAAAGGCAUCUUGAAUCAUAAGGAUAGGUUAACUUAUAGCAGUUUUGUAUAACUAGAUUGACUUUAUGCAAUAGGUAAUGAUACUGUAUUUGUACAGUAUUGUUACAAAUUAUUUGUAAGGUUUAUACAUCCUAUAUGAUGUUGACCUGAAGAAAAAAAAAAACUAAAAGGCUUU